AAUCGAAUAAAACAAAUUUCGUAGUGAUGCAACACGUGAGUUUUUCUCAACAAUAAGUACUUGUUUCUGAAACAGAUUUACCAAAUAUUAUAGGUAACGAAAGGGAAUAAUCCCGUCAGAUUCAAUUAUGGCCGAGCUAUCUGUUGAAAACGAAGUGAAUGGACAAGCAGAGGAAGAUUUAGUGAAUCCGUGGACAGUUUCAAGCUCGUCGUUGAAAGGCGUAGACUAUGAUAAAUUGAUAAAAAAGUUUGGGAGUUCUAAAAUAGACGAUGGGUUGAUUGAACGAAUGGAAAAAUUGACAGGAAAACCUGUUCACCAUUUUAUCAAAAGGGGAAUUUUUUUCUCCCACAGAGAAAUGCACAUGAUAUUAGAUCUGUAUGAGAAGAAACAACCAUUUUAUCUGUACACCGGUAGAGGUCCUUCAUCAGGUUCCAUGCAUUUAGGUCAUUUGGUUCCAUUUAUUUGUACAAAGUGGCUACAAGAAACAUUUGAUGUUCCAUUAGUGAUACAGUUGACAGACGAUGAAAAGUUUUUGUGGAAAGAUCUCACGGUGGAGGACACACAUAAAUUAUCGUUUGAGAAUGCAAAAGAUAUUAUAGCCUGUGGUUUCGAUGUGAAUAAAACAUUUAUUUUCAGUGAUUAUGAUUAUAUUGGUAAAUGUUCCGAAUUCUACAAGAAUAUUACCCGUGUUCAAAAAUUAGUGACAUUUAAUCAAGUAAAAGGUAUAUUUGGUUUUGAUGAUAGUACAUGUAUCGGUAAAAUUAGUUUCCCUGCUGUACAAGCUGCACCUAGUUUCAGUUCAUCAUUUCCAGAUAUAUUUGGUGGAAACAAGAAAGUACCUUGUCUUAUACCUUGUGCUAUAGAUCAGGAUCCAUAUUUCCGUAUGACCAGAGAUGUUGCUCCACGACUUCAAUAUUUAAAACCAGCUCUGUUACAUUCUUCAUUUUUCCCAGCUUUACAGGGGGCUCAGAGUAAAAUGAGUUCAAGUGAUCCUACAUCUUCUAUAUUUCUCACGGACACACCUAAAGAAAUUAAAAACAAGAUUAAUAAAUAUGCAUAUUCUGGAGGUGGAGCCACUGUAGAAGAGCACAGAGAAAAGGGAGGCAACGUAGAAGUAGAUGUAUCAUAUCAAUAUUUACGUUUCUUCUUAGAUGAUGAUGAGAAGUUAGAAAAACUAGGCAGUGAAUAUAAGAGUGGAGAGUUAUUAACUGGUUUUCUUAAAAAAGAAUUAAUUACAAUUUUACAAGAAUUAAUCGCAGAUCACCAAAAACGACGUAUCCUAGUUACAGAUGAUGAUGUUAAACAAUUUAUGACACCACGAAAAUUAAAUUAUAAUUAUUAGACUGUAAUUUAUUUUAUCAUAAUUUAAUUUAUUUACAUUUUCCUGUUACAUUCUGUGGCAAUGCUCCGAUCUGAGUGGCAUUUAUCUAAUAGAAAAAAUAUUGGACAGCAAAUCACAUCUUAUUUUAAAUCUCCUUGCAUGGAUGUAAAUUAUUGUUGUCAUAAAUGUCACGGCAAAAAUGAACGCCUACCAUUUCAUGUUAAAUCAAAAUCUUAUUUAUAUUUCCUGGUUACAUUCUGUGGUGAUGCCCAGAUUUACAUUCAGGCUAAAUAUUAAGGCUACCUGCAUAUUUCAUCCAGGUCGUGAGAUUUAAAUAGGAUUAGGGCACGUGGUUAUUGACGAGAUUGUGUGUUAGGGCUAGGGUUAGGGUUAACCCUGUUUACAUCUCGUGACCAUGACGAAAUCUGCAGGUGUCCUUAAUAUUAUACCUAAACCAGAUCUACCUUUAUUUUCAUGUUAAAAAAGAAUCUUAUUUACACCACUGUUCUGAUGCUUUGCUGUGUAACAAUAAGUUUCAUUAUUCAUGUAGAAAAUGAAAAGGGCAUUAGCAUUGUAAUCUUUAACAUUCUGUGUUAAAAUGUGUUUGAUGUAAAUACUGAUGGAAUAAUUAUUGUGAAAAUAUGAUGCUAAUCUUAUAUUGUAUAAUUAAAGGGGCAUUAUUGGAGAUUAGAUAAAGAGCUAGCAGUUCUCACUAUAAUAGUUAAUAACUAGAUAAUGUAAAGGGAAUUUGCUGAUAAUCACAGUCAAAUUGGUCCACUCUGAACCGAGAUAUUAGCCUUUGAUUUUUAGGCCUACUAAGUCAGUACGAUGAAAAACAUAGUCUCAAUUAUCCAUUUUUGGAUUAAAUCAUCAAUGAGCGUUGAGCAGCAAAUUGGAUUCAAAUCCAGUAGAUAUCCGAGGCUAGCGAUGACAUCUAGAGUUGAUUAUGGUCUGGAUAAGUUAAUUAAUGUCUAAUUAAUAAUUUAGAUAACAUUUCAGGCCAAUAGAAAGACCUGCAAUAGGCAGAUUUAGCUCUUGCAUAAUGUAUGUUUAAUGGAAAUGUCAUUCUUUUAAAAAAAAAUGAGAAAUGUUCACCAUUGUGACCUCUUCUAUAUUUCACAAAAAGAUAAUUUAGUUCAAGGAUCUCAACUUUGGGUAAAUUUUUGCCUACCUGGGCGGAAACUUUCAUAUACAUUUACCUGAAAGGAAAAUUUGUUUAUGAUUAGAAAAUACAUGUGAGUGAAAUAACAUUGUUAUGUACUAAUAAUAUUAUUGUUUAAAUAGUAAUGUUAUAACCGAACACAAAUUCCUCCUUUGUCAGUUGUUUUAUUAUAGUGUAAACUCAAAUGAGGUAACAAAACAGGUUGAGGUUUUAUUUAUUUUCGUAAAGUUAACAGAAGUUACCCUUGCAUUUAUGGAUGAUCGGUUUCAAGUUUUAAUUAUUCAACCACUUUAUCAUUCAGAUUUUCAACGAAUAACUUGGAACUUUGUUUAUAGAAUGUGUAUAUUAUUGGUAUGUAAAUAUUAUUGAACCUGCAACAACAUGACUUAAAAACUCAAACAGGUGCUUACCUGUUAAAUAUUUGUCUAAUAAUAUACGCCCUCUCUGCACAAAGGGAAGAUACAUUCCCAGAAAAGUAUUUAUCGGGUGGUUAUUUCCAAUAAAAGUAUGGCAAUUUUGGUAUAUAUGGAAAGUAAAAAUAUUCAAUCUUACUAGAAAAAUACUCUUUUCCCUUGUAUAUGCAAUGAAUUCUCCUCCGACUUCGCACCCGUUGCUAGGUACCGAGGGAGAUAAGUCACGUGACACAAGCAGGGGUAUUCCCUGGCAGUUACAAUGUUUGGAGAAGGAUUUGAAGCAAAAUUAUGAUAAAUGAAUUAGUUUGAAUAUGUUUUUAGUCCAAAUAUAUCAACAAAUCACCCAGUUUGUAUGUGGGAAUGUAUCUUUAAGUUAUGUCUAAUCUUGUUUUAAAUCUUAUUGUAAAUAAUCCUAGCUGUGCUUUGUUCAGUGUGGCCCAAUUGUGUACUUAUGCAUAUUGUACAUUUGAUAUGUCAUUAUAUUGUCUGCAGGUUUAACAUAUUUUAGAAUAGCGAGGGUAUAAAGUUAUCUUGAUCAUCUGUGACCUUAUCUAUUGUAAGAUCCAUGCUGUGACUGAUAUAUUUUAAUAAAAUCAAUAUCAAGUGGA